AUUUUUCUGCCACCGACAGAAAUAAAAGUGCCAGCGCGAGAGCAGGGACAUCAGUAGCCGCUCGUAAAGGCGGUGCACGCGGACGCAGCCUCCACUCAGCCGCUGCCGACUUGCGGAGGUUUUUCCUCUCAAGAGAAAAGACAGAAAACUGCAUUUAAUGCGCGUCAGUUCAGAUUUGUUCUCUUGUUGGUGUUUUUGCGCCGUUUCUCUCCUGGUUCAGCCCAGCAGCACCAUGAAGGAUGCGCGCAGAAUCCGGAGACCGCAGAUGGACUGGCUGACACCUGAGAUGUGAAGUGUGUUAUGUGAGCCAAGGUGUUUUCCCACCUUGCUGGUGGUGGGAAGAGAUGCCACACUCCGUUACCAUGACAGCAGAACUUCUCUUUGUUCUCACAUUCCUGACGAGCAGCAGCACCCUGUGUAAUCCGAUUGCGACCAUUCAAGUGAGCCAGGAUGGUCUUGCCAGAGUGUUGACCCAAGUCAGGGAGGACGACCAGCAGGACCAGCAGAACCCCGAGAACCCUCUGGAAUACGCCGCUCAGCUGCAGCUACAGGAAGUGAACAGGACAGCUUUGAGUCUGGCAAAGCCAGACUUCAUCUCGUUGGCACGAGGAGCCAAAGGUGGGAAAUCCCAGGAGCAGAAAGGUGAGCGGGACACUCUGAACCAAAAAGACGAGGAGCCCACCAGUGAAGUCAUUCUGUCUCUGGACGCCAUUGACGAGUACGCUUACCCAGACUACAGAGGGAAAGGCUGCAUGGAUGAGAGCGGCUUUGUGUUUGCCAUUGGUGAGGAGUUUACCCCGGGCCCUUCAACGUGCCCAUGCCUUUGCACGGAUGAAGGCCCUCUGUGCAACCAGCCCGAAUGUCCCAAGGUCCACCCUCGCUGCAUCAAAGUGGACACCAGCCAGUGCUGCCCGCUGUGCAGGGAGAAGAAAAACCACUGCGAGUUUCGGGGCAAAAUUUACUCCUCGCUUGAAGAGUUUAAGGUGUCUCCAUGUGAGAAGUGUCGCUGUGAACCCAGCGGAGAGGUGCUGUGUUCUGUGGCGGCCUGUCCCCAGACAGAGUGUGUGGACCCAGAGUACGAGCCAGAACAGUGCUGCCCCAUCUGCAAGAGCGGGCCAAACUGCUACGCCGACACCGAGGUGAUCCCAGCCGGCCGAGAGGUGAAAAUUGACGAGUGCACAAUCUGCUACUGCACGUACGAGGAGGGCACGUGGCAGAUUGAACGACAGGCCACCUGCAGCAAAAACGAGUGCCAACAUAUUUAGAGACCGACGGAGCGACAGACCUGCAAAGAUCCACAUGCCGAACAUCACGACUGUCUGAUUCCAUCAGGGUCAGACGGCGACACGUGAACCGUUUCUACCGUCACGUCUGUCUGACUGAAAAAAAAGAGUUUGUGAAAGCUUUUAAUGUAAACACAGAAAGUAUAUAUUUAUCUAUGUAUUUAAUUAUUUAUUGAUUAACAUAUAUAUGAAAUUUAAAGGUAUGUUGAGCUAGUGAAGAUCAUUUUUAUAACAUCUGUAUUUUACUAAGGUGUUGGAGCUGAGGCCAGUAAAACAAAAGAAUGUAAAGAACACACACGGCUGUCCUGGAAACCUCAGCAUCUGGUGUCUCCUGACCCAACCUCGGCGCCAGAUUCUUCUACCACCAAAGUGCAGAACGCAACAUCUGUUCCAGAAUGAUCUAGGACGAUCCGUUUCAUAGCAAAAAGGAAAAUCAAGAAGGACUCGACUGUUUCUGUAAUUGCUUUACUUAUUUUUUAAUGUUCCAACGUGUUUUGAAUUGAAAGUAUUUCUGUUGGUACUGUACGUUUAUGUUGGGAAUAAAUCCAGUUGUGCUCUGUAAAUGCUCCUUUUAUAGUUGGAGACAGAAUAUUGAUGUUAGCGUACACUUGUGGAUGGGAUUUUACAUUGACAGAAAUACAAAUAAAUAAAGAUGUUCACAAAUAAAUUUUUACAAUGACCCAAUACUUUUACGGUGUUACUGAUCUUUGCUCCGUCUUUGAAACAAGUCGCCACUUCUACUGGUGGCAAAUCUCACACAGCAGCCGUGAAUCUGUGCUAACAUUCAUUCUCCACUGAGUGAAAGUGGAGCCUCUGUCUUCCUGGGCCUUUCCAUCGUAAGCGUCGCGGAACAUUCGUGAAACGU